CUGGGCAGGUUGAAGUCAUCGAGCGCGGGCCGCAGGUGCUAGCUGGGCGGAGAGGACGCCGGCAAGUUCCGCCAACACCACGGCGACGACGAUGUGGUGCAUCGUCCAGCAGCGUUUCAGCCUUGUGAGAGUCGCAGAGACUCGUCCAGGCAGAUUCUAGCUCCAUCUACUCUUCCAUGACUCCUCUGGCGCGUGCGGUGGCCGUCGAGUACCAAGAGAGCACGCGCUUGGCAGCACCUCGAUGCGCAAGCGAUGCGCGCAUGUUUCCCGUCGGGCGUGUUCUGGAACCAGAGUGAAUGGCUUGAGGCUCGCGGCUGCAACUGUGGCCUCCGCUGCGCUCGGCUCAUCGCCGUCCCAUCGCCGUCCCAUCGCCGUCCCAUCGCACGGCGGCCAGGCGUCGCGCUGUCAGGCGUUGACCGUCUUUCACGAACCACGCGCCGAACUCUCCCCGUCCCGCCCAGUGAUGUUAAUGACGUUACCUCGCUUCACAUCUAGCGCAAGAGCCCUGAAACCAGGAAACCUGCCUGCUCCUGGCAACACCGCGACCGUCCUGCUCCCACAAUUCUGCAGAAAUAUAGCCUCUGAGGCAGGCCUCAAGCACCCCGAACUCCCUACGAACCGCCUAACUGCUCCGACCCGGACCGAGCAACACGCGCAUCCCGGACGCAACACAGUCAGAUAGCUCUGAAUCGGUGCUCAGGACACCUCCGCCUGUCCAGCAAUGGCUGUUCAGACGAACGGAAGGGCCAAGAAGGCCAAGAAGGCCGAGCCAAACGGCCAUGCCAACGGCUAUGCCAACGGCAAUGCAGACCCCAAAGUGAACGGCCAGCUUUCACG